AUACGGACAAGGUAUCUCCCGAGCCGGCAAAACGCGUGCCGUCGCCAAAUUGCGUCUGAAGUCGACAGACCUCGAGACUGGAUAUUCUUGCGUUUCAGGGAUGCGAGAAGGGCGGGGGAAGCCCGUUCUAAAACCGAGCACCCGCGUCCCCGCCGCCGCAGAACGAUGAGAGAGUGCGGCCGCGUCCAACCCCAGCUGCAGCUCCUCCUGGCCACCCUGAUGUUGACAUCGGCGGCCGGCGCAGGGGCUUCCCUCGAGAGACUGCUGGACGUUCUUCAAGGAGUUCCAGGGGCGGCUCCCUUGCAGCGGUUGCCUCGGCAUACGCCCCCAAGAUACAUGCUCGAUUUAUAUAGGUCGGUGGCUGCUCCAGACGGACUUACGGUGUCUCCAACCCCACACAGUGCUAAUGUUAUCCGAUGUUACUCAGACAGAGAAUCCAGACAUCGAUCUCACUUUUUCUUCAAUGUCUCGUCGGAAAAAACGGAUAAAUUACUAGAAGCUGAAUUUCACAUUUUCAAGAUGAAACCUAAAGCAAAAGACCAGAGAAAAGCAAAGAUGUUAAAGUCACAGUUACUAGAAGUAAAGAUUUUUCAAAUGUUACCACCGGCGAAAUCGAAAAGAAAAAGAAGAAAAAGAUUGCUAGAGACGAGGCGCUUAAGCGUCCACUCCACAGGAUGGGAAAUUUUCUCUGUCAAAGUGGCUGCCGCUGAUUGGAUAAAAGACAGCGAAAGCAAUCUAGGCUUAGCCUUGAGCGUCAGAGGCUUAGAAAAUGAGCCUAUCCCUAAAGGUUUGGUGAGGUUUGCGAAAGGAAAUCGUACUGACAAGCAACCUCUCCUGGUAAUAUUCAUCGAUGACAGCAGACAAAAAUCUGGAAGUUUCUUGUCUGCACCAGAAGGUUAUAACAAGUACCAAGUACCUGUCAAAUCGGCUCCAGCUGCGGAGUCGCCAAGAAUAAAACGUGGUGGAGGAAUAUCUAAUGUUCCACAACGUACCAAAAAUGAAUCAUGCGCACGUUACCAACUAUACAUCGACUUCGAGCGUAUGGGUUGGGCUGCGUGGAUCAUCAGCCCCAAAGGUUAUAAUGCAUAUCAGUGCAAAGGACAUUGUCAUUUCCCAUUGGGGCAAAACCAACGCCCUACUAAUCAUGCCACAAUGCAGAGCAUCGCAAGCGAACUGUCUCUGGCACCGAAUGUGCUGCAGCCAUGUUGUGUGCCAGAUAAACUACUGUCAAUUUCGUUACUUUAUUUUGACGAACACGGCAAUGUGAUUUUGAAGCAGUAUGAUGACAUGGUAGCAGCAAGUUGUGGUUGCCACUGAUAUCAUCCAAUUACCCUGUAUUCAUACUGCCUUUUCUUAGCAUUCUGCCAAUUGCCUAAGAUACUUUUUAGCUGCCGAGCAGUUAUGAAUCAUUGGAAAAGAUUUAGAACUUUUAACAUAUCUGCAUUGCAAGCAGUAACUUCGUAAAGAUGUAAUGCAAACAGUAACUUCGCAUUUUGUGAAUAUGAUUUUAUCUGAAAAAAUGGAAGUUGACAAGAAACAGCCUAGAUUCACCAUUCGGAUAAAAGCAGUCUUUUACUUUAAUAUUUUAUUUUGAUUGUUUUAUUCUUUUGUUAUUUUGUUGUCAAACAAUACCAUAAAUAAAAAUAUGCUAAACUGUGA